AUGUCGUCCAUAAACUUCCCCAAAGAGGAAGAGGAGAUUAUCAAGAGGUGGAGGGAGAUCAAAGCCUUUGAGACUCAGGUGAAAUUGUCUGAGGGCCGUGAAAAUUAUACCUUCUACGAUGGCCCACCGUUUGCGACAGGUCUUCCUCAUUACGGCCAUCUCCUCGCUUCCACCAUCAAAGACAUCAUCCCGCGGUACUGGUCCAUGAAGGGGUACCACGUCGAGCGGCGGUUUGGCUGGGAUACGCACGGUCUUCCCAUCGAGCAUGAGAUUGACAAGAAGUUCAACAUCAGCGGCAAGCAGGCCGUUAUGGAGAUGGGACUGGACAAGUACAACGACGAGUGCAGAGCCAUCGUGAUGAGAUACGCAUCAGAAUGGCGGACCACCAUCGAGCGACUGGGACGCUGGAUUGAUUUUGAUAACGACUACAAGACCAUGAAUCUGACAUUCAUGGAGUCGGAAUGGUGGGCCUUCAAGCAGCUGUUUGACAAGGGCAAGGUGUACCAGGGCCAUCGCGUGAUGCCCUACAGUACUGUCUUGACGACUGCCCUGAGCAAUUUCGAGGCAAACCAGAAUUACCAGGAUGUGACGGAUCCUGCCGUGGUCGUUUCAUUCCCGCUGGUGGAGGAUCCCAAGACGAAGCUGCUGGCCUGGACGACGACCCCCUGGACACUGCCAACCAACUUGGGACUGUGUGUGCACCCUGAUUUCGAGUACGUCAAGAUUCUCGACGAGAAGUCAGGAGACCACUACGUCCUCCUCGAGAAGCUCCUGACGACCCUGUACAAGGACCCGAAGAAGGCCAAGUUCAAGGUUGUCGAGAAGAUCAAGGGCAAGGACAUGCUGGGCUGGAAGUACGAGCCGCUCUUCGACUACUACUACGAGGACUUCAAGGAUGUCGCAUUCAAGGUCUUGAACGGCACGUACGUGACCGAUGACAGCGGUACUGGUAUUGUGCACCAGGCUCCUGCCUUUGGUGAGGACGAUUUCAAUAUUGCGACUGAGGCCGGCAUUGUCACGGAGAACCGCCCACCCCCGGACCCGCUCGACGAGACUGGUCGUUAUUCUGCAAAGGUCAAGGACUUUGAGGGCAUGCAUGUCAAGGAGGCAGACAAGCACAUCAUCAAGGCUCUGAAGGGCAAGGGAAAGCUGGUUGUCGAGUCUCAGCUGAGGCACAGCUACCCCAUGUGCCCUCGGUCCGACACGCCCUUGAUCUACCGCGCUGUCCCCUCUUGGUUCAUCCGCAUCCCUGAGAUUGUACCCAAGAUGCUUCAAAACAUCGAGUCGAGCCACUGGGUACCCUCAUUCGUAAAGGAGCGGCGAUUCGCGAACUGGAUCUCGAACGCAAGAGAUUGGAACGUGUCUCGCAACCGCUACUGGGGUACUCCUCUCCCCAUCUGGACCAGUGAUGACGGUGAGGAACGCAUCUGUAUUGGGAGCGUGGAGGAGCUCAAGAAGCUGAGCGGCUUCGAGGGCGAGAUCACCGACAUCCACCGCGACAAGAUCGAUCACAUCACCAUUCCCAGCCAGAAGGGCAAGGGCCAGCUCAAGCGCGUCGAGGAGGUCUUCGACUGCUGGUUUGAAUCAGGAAGCAUGCCUUUCGCCAGCCAGCACUACCCGUUCGAGAACAAGGACAAGUUCCUCAAGUCGUUCCCCGGAAACUUCAUCGCCGAGGGUCUGGAUCAGACCCGAGGAUGGUUCUACACCCUUGUGGUCAUGGGCACACAUUUGUUUGACAAGAUGCCCUUCCAGAACUGUGUGGUCAACGGUAUUGUGCUCGCGGAGGAUGGAAAGAAGAUGUCCAAGCGUCUCAAAAACUAUCCUGAUCCGUCGCUCGUGAUGGACAAGUUUGGUAGUGAUGCUCUGCGCAUGUACCUCAUCAACUCGCCCGUAGUGAGAGCAGAGCCCUUGCGCUUCAAGGAGACCGGCGUGAGGGAGGUCGUGCAGAAGGUGCUCUUGCCCUUGUGGAACAGCUACAAUUUCUUCGCUGCCCAAGUUGCGCUCCUAAAGAAGGUUGAGGAUGUCGACUACAAGUGGGACACAAAGAUGGAGGCUACCAAUACCAACGUGAUGGACAAGUGGAUCCUGGCCUCGUGCCAGAGCCUUCUGGAGUACGUCAACCAAGAAAUGAACGGCUAUCGCCUGUAUACUGUCACCCCCAGGCUGCUGGGACUCAUCGAUGACACCACCAACUGGUACAUUCGCUUCAACAGAAAGCGUCUCAAGGGAGAAAAUGGUGUCGAGGACACUCUACACGCGCUCAACACCCUAUUUGAGGUCCUUUACACCCUCUGCCGUGGUCUGGCUCCUUUUAUGCCCUUCCUCACCGACACCAUCUACCUCAAACUCCUGCCUCAUAUCCCCGAGGAGCUGCGAGAGCAAGACGCCCGAAGUGUGCACUUCCUCAAGUACCCCGAACCACGCAAGGAGCUGUACAAUCCCGACAUUGAGCGCAGAGUCGGCCGGAUGAAGAACAUCAUCGACCUGGCCCGUGUAUCGCGCGAGAGGAAAGCCAUCGGCGUCAAGACCCCGUUGAAGACUUUGGUCAUCAUCCACCCCGACGCUGGCUAUCUCGAGGAUGUCCGUUCCCUGGAGUCCUACAUCUCGGAGGAGCUGAACGUCCACGACCUGGUCCUCACAUCGGACGAGGGGGCCUACAAUGUGCAAUACAGCGUGACGGCUGACUGGCCUGUGCUGGGCAAGAAGCUCAGGAAGGACAUGGGCAAGGUCAAGAAGGCAUUGCCCAACGUCACGAGCGACGAGGUCAAGCAGUACGCCGCCACCGGAAAGAUUGUUGUCGACGGAAUCGAGCUGGUCGAGGGCGACCUGGUGGUGCGCCGGGGCGUCAAGGAGGACGAGUCCACCAAGGAAUCCGAGAUCAACACCGACAACGAGGUCCUGACCAUCCUGGACUGCAAGAUCUACCCCGAGCUGAAGAGCGAGGGCCUGGCACGUGAAAUUAUCAACCGUGUGCAGCGGCUCCGCAAGAAGGCAGGCCUGGAUCCUACGGACGAUGUCAAGAUGGAGUACAGGGUCCUCUCGGAUCCCGAGGGCCUCGGCCUUGAGGAGGUAUUCGUGUCACAGGCCUCACAGGUGCAGAAGGCUCUGCGGAGGCCUCUCGAUAAGCACGAGAUUACACAGGUAGAGGGCGAGAUACCCAGUGAGCAGCAGGAGGGCAUCAUUGCCGAGGAGGUUCAGGAGGUACAGGCGGCGACAUUCUUGUUGAGGUUGCUGAAACUCUAAAAGACGCACAUAGACAUAGGAAAAAUACCGUCACGUUUUGUUUCUCCCCAGAAGCUGGCGUGUGUGAUGGUGGUUGUCUAUCUGCUGGAUAUCAAAGAGAGAGAGAGAUGUUGGUAGAGAGAGAAAAAAAUAAGAAAGUGAUGUAAUC